AUGGGUGGGGCUCCGGGUCCGCUGCACCAGGAGUCGCAAUGCCGCAUCAGACCCAUGCAGCAUGUCAUAUCUGCACUCAUAGGCGGACUCAUCACGACUUUUUUGGUGACGCUCUUGGAGGUGGUAGAGACUCGGGUUCAGACUCAGCACGCAGUACGCCAUCAGACACCAUCGACUGUCUCCAAGCUGUGCUACGUUUUCCACAAUAGCUUGAUGACACAUGUCUGCAAGCAGAAUGCCGAGCUCUUUACAAAACCCGAAAGGGAUCUCAAAAAGAUGCGGACGCUGCGCGAGGUCAUGAAGAAACUAUAAGGAGGCCUUGUCGGUGGCCGAGUUACUCGCUGGUUCUGCCUUUGAUCAGUGCUCGUUUGCUUGUCGACGCGGAAGGUUGGUUGCGGACGAA